AUGCCAACUUAUGCUAAAUUCAUGAAGGAUAUUUUCACGAAGAAAAUGAGGUAUACGGAUCAAGAGACUAUAAACCUAGAUGUUAUUUGUAGUUCCAUCGUUCAAAGAACUAUCCCACAUAAAGAAAUAGAGCCUAUGAGAGUUACAUUGCCUGUCACUAUAGGGAAUGUAAACAUUGGCAAAACAUUAGUAGAUUUGGAUAAAUCCAUCACUCGUCCAUCAGGAAUAGCUGAAGAUGCUUUGGUUAAGAUGGACAAAUUCUUAUUUCCAAUUGAUUUUUUUAUGAUGGAUAUUGAAGAAGAUGAUGAUGCACUUUUGAUUUUAGAUCCCGAAACACCAUUAGAAGCUUUCAUACUAAAAGAGGAAAUGGAGAUAAACACAUUCUCAAAGAAAAUAAAAGGAAUUGAAAGAAUUUAUGAGAAAGCCAAAACUUUCAAGAAAGCCAUUCAUGAUGUUGUUAAGAGGGCUAGACCAAUAAAGAGAAAUGACAAGACAAAGACACAUGAUGGUGAUGUAGAUGACUGGAUCAUAUCACAAAGACCACCUUGA